GGAAGAAGAGGCGGAUGCCGAAGAAGAUUCACUCCACUGAGGAGCCUGCUGUCUUUUCAAAGUACUAGGCGUCGAAGAGACGACUCUAGAUCCAGCGGAUAUUGGAAUUCCAUUUCUAAUCAUACUCUUGGCAAUAAGAGAUGCAUCAAAGCUGGAAGGUCGUUUGCGUCUAUACCUCAGCUGAGCAGCUCGUCUGUUCCGAUUUUCUUGGUGACUAGAAAGAGUAUCCAGAACACGUGUAUACCAGCGGCGGGCUUCUUAAAAGAAUUCAUCAAGUAUGCUGAUAUAAAUCUCAAAUGUCUCAUUACUGUACGCCGUAUCAUAUCUUUAAAGUAUAAUUUAUUAAUCAAAUUGACGGAAUGUAUUCAUGUAUCAAGUGAGCAACAAAGACGCACUAAAGCUUUUGAGUGGGUAGUGUGUGCUGGUAUGACGAUGUCAUCAAAUUUAAUCACUGGUAGUAGUAGGAAUCGGUACCAUCGUCAUCAUCUACUUGGUUAUUAUCUACACCACUAUACUCAAGCACAAGGAGCAUUUAGAUUUAUACUUCUCGAGCUCAAGUUGUACUUGUUUCAUCUUUACUCG